GUAGGAUACAGCUUAAUCCCUGUCAAAGUAUUCGGGCAUGUCCGACUGCCACCUUCCAACUCGCUCAAAUAAAUAUUAUUUCCUCUCUCUCUCUCUCCACCUUCUCCACUUCCUUCAUAAUUCUAGAGAGAGAAACCUGUGUGUAUCUCUGAUCUAAUGAAAGGGGAUGUUGGGGGAAAGAUGGUAAUCAAGUCCAAAUUGAAGUGGGUUGGCUUAGUUGGACUUGUACUCUCUGCUUUAUCUCUUUUCACACACUUUCUUCUUGCUAGAUACUCCAAUACAGAUGAGGGCGUUACAGAGUACCAAGCAAUCACCAUUUUCUCUUGGAGACCAAUUUUUGAGAAUGCAGAUCUUUCCACCACUAAUAAAUUGUAUAGAAGGCUAUGGGGGCCAGUUAGGCGUCUUGAAUCUUUACAACCACAUGCUAAACCUAGAGAACACUAUGCAGUUCCGGUUUCAGAAUCAAAUAGAUAUAUUUUUGUACGGAUACGUGGAGGCUUUCAUGAGAUCAGGAGUUCAAUUUGUGAUGCUGUUGUUAUUGCCCGGCUUCUCAAUGCUACACUUGUGAUUCCGGAAAUCCAAUCAACCACAAGCAGCAAGGGAAUCAGCGCCCAAUUUAAGAGUUUUGCUUAUCUUUACAACGAGGAUCAGUUCAUGGCAGCCUUAGCGAAUGAUAUCACAAUAGUAAAAACCCUUCCGAAAAGCCUAAAAGGAGCAAGAAGAAAGAAAGAAAUCCCUUCAUUUAAAGUGCCCAACUCGCAAUCUCCCUAUUAUUAUUUACAUCAUGUUCUCCCGGUUCUAAAACGUCAUUCUGUGGUUGAGCUUGUUGUUUCCGAUGGUGGAUGCUUGCAGGCAAUACUUCCUCCAGACCUUGAGGAAUAUCAACGGCUGCGAUGUCGUGUUGCAUUUCAUGCUUUAAGCUUCCGACAAGAGGUCCAGGAACUGGCAACCAAGAUUUUACACAGGUUAAGGGCUCCAGGAAGGCCAUUUAUAGCAUAUGACCCAGGGAUGACUAGAGAUGCUUUAGCAUAUUAUGGUUGUGCCGAGCUCUUCCAGGAUGUGCACACUGAACUUAUUCAGCAUAGACGUUUAUGGAUGUUAAAACGUGGAAUUGUCAAGGGAAAUCUUACUGUGGAUUCAAACACACAACGUCUGAAUGGUUCUUGCCCACUUAUGCCCGAGGAGAUUGGUAUCAUCCUUCGUGCAUACGGGUAUUCUUGGGAUACAAUAAUCUACAUAUCUGGUGGCGAAGUCUUUGGCGGGCAAAAGAAAUUAAUCCCGUUUCACGCAAUCUUUGAAAACGUAGUCGAUAGGACAUCCCUUACAACAGCUUGGGAAUUGAACAAAAUAUACGGUCGUGAAGCCAACCUUGUUGACAAAUAUCAGAAAACCCCACCUUCUGCCGAGAAGGAAAUGAAAUACGAAGCAUGGAAAACAUCAGGCCAACGCCCACGCCCGCUGCCGCCGCCUCCGGCUCGCCCGAAAUCCUACAACAUUGAAGGGUGGUGGGGUUGGGUGGCUGAGAGUGAUAACGAGCCUGAGAGCACUGUGAUUGAGUUGAGAACUAAUGCUCACAAGCUUCUGUGGGAAGCGAUCGAUUACAUGGUGUGUGUUGAAGCCGAUGUUUUUGUUCCUGGUUUCGACCGUGAUGGUAAAGGAAGGCCGAGUUUUGCUAGCUUGGUGAUGGGCCACCGGCUCUAUCAUUCUGCUACGGCUAAGUCUUUCAGGCUCGACAGGAAAGAAAUUGCAAAGCAUAUGGAAGAAAUCAAUGAUCAUUUAUACGAAGCCAAUCAUACUUGGAUCAAAUCAGUGAGAAAUCACCUGAGUAAAAGUUUGGUUGAUGGAUUAACAGAAGAAUCAAAAGCAUCAAAAUCAUUAUCUUUUCUUUCUUUCCCAGUCCCUGAAUGUUCUUGCCUGAGAUCCGAGUCGACCCGGCCUUCCACUUCCCAACUUCCGGCAGCUCUUAGAGUGGCACGUUCUUGUCCUGCUUGGAUGGGUGAAGGCGUAGUCUCGCGUCCUGGAGAGAAAGAAAACGACGAUGAUCUUGAUGACGAUGAUUCUGGGCCUAUUGGUUUGUUUUUCCGACAAACUGGCGGUUCUAGUAAUAGAAAUACCGUAAGUAGCGGCGGUAGAGGUGGUGGCGAGAUGAUGAGCAGCAAAGAAGAGACUCAGAUGGAAGAUCAAGAAGAAAUGGAGGGUGGCGAUAGAUGAGCUUAACCGGACGGCCCCGAGUUAGGAGACUCCUUAAUCGUAGUAGCCUAACUUUUAGUUGUUUGUAUAGUUGGAAUAGAUUGCUGAUGGUUAAACUGAUGUAUUUGUUCUAAGUUUUUCCUGAGGCGUCAUCAGUUUGAUUUUGAUGUCAAA